CCACGAGAAACAAUAAAUUUAUAAUAGAGGCUUCUGAUAUUGUGGAUUUUUAAAGACUAUUGAAAACGAUAGUUGAACAUAGUUCCUUUACAUUCUUUUCAAUUAGCUAGAUUAACAUAUGUACUGGAAUUUUAUUAUAUAAAAAAUUGUAAAAUCAGUGACAAUUUAAAAGAAAUGAUAAUUUGAACCCUCGAUCAAUUUUUUUAUGAACAGCCAAUGUUGAGAUGUAAUACAAAAUUAAAUAUUUUUUUUUUUUUUUUUUUUAUUUUCGAAAAAGAUUAUUAAGAAAGUGGAGGAAAGAGCGAGAAAUUGCUGACUCUGAAAUCGAUAGUUUUCUCCUUGGCCGCGAACUUCGGUCGCGCUAGUGGCGUUAUUUUUCGUGAUCAAUCGCAUUUUCCGUAUCCUGGAAGUGUUGCGAAAUUGAUAAAAAGGAUAGGAGAUUGAGGUGGGGGGAGGGGAUAUCUUUGUGAUAAAAAGAAAGAAAAAUCACGAUAGAUUCGCUUAGGAGAGGUGAUAUGUAGCUGCGGUUCGUGAUGUAACUCAACGUCCUUACUGCGCGGCGAGUUGCACGAGGUCGGUGAUCGCUAUAAAAAAAUGCGGCGAAUACACGUGGAGGCAGUGGUAGGCGGUUUCUACCGCGGCGCGGUAUUGCACCACCGCCGACCGCGACGACUGCCUCACUGAGAGCCGCGCGUGCAGGUUUAACCCAGCCUUAACCUAUUCUGAACCGACGACCUCGUACGAAUGUGCGAACAAUGUCGGGUUUCUUCAAUAAGCUUUCCUAUUAAAUUAGAAAUUUAGAUGUCAAGCGUUUCCAUUACGUCUUGCUAUUUAAAUAGCCAUCAAGCAAUAUAUUAAAUUAAUUUUACUCGAAAGAUUAAUAUGUAUGUAUAUUUAUUAAGAUCAGUCGAGCUACUGCUGUUUUACUGCGUAUCUCUGAUGGCAUUAAUUAAAAUUUAAAAUGGUCUUGUUACACGAUUUCAUAAAAAAUUUAUCGAAAUUUGUUUGAGAUAAGAUUAUUAUUACUAUGUCUUAAGAAAUUGAUUGAGAAAUACUUAAUUAAUAAAUGGUAAAUAAAUCUUUGGUUGUAAAGAUACUAAUAAAUGUUAAUCUAAAUAUUCUUAAUUUUAUUGAUAUAGUACGUAACAGAUUAAAAUGAUAACUUUUAUUUCAGGCUAUUGUGUAAUGGAAAUUUCAUUACUUUCAUAUAUAUAAAUAUUUGUAGAACGAAAUUGAUAAUGUGUAUUCUAAUUAGCAAACUCUCUAUUUCAUAUUUGUUAACGAUUGUUACUAAAAUCAAUAAAAAUAAUCUUAGAAAUUACUUUUUACACAAUAAUACAAAAUGAAGCAAAAAAUAUAGCUUCUUAAAACAUAAAGUCAACAGUAAUGGUGUAUUAUAUAGCAAAUAAAUUAGUAGGAAAAUAUCUUUGGUAAGUGGUUAAGAUGAUCAUUGUAUUUUUCUAAAUAAACGGAAUGAAAUGGUAGUGAGUGUGACAGGUUCGGUGCGUCGAUAAUACGUUCGGGUCCAUCAUAGGCCCGGUAAAAUCGGGGACGGGCUAAAAUUGCAGGAUGCGUGCGCGUAUGUGAUGCGUGAGCGUGCGUGUACCCACGGGGCGGCGCGUCGCACGAUUCGUGGGCGUUUUUUUAGGAUUUGAAAAGAGUCAAAUGGUGGGGAACGGAGCCGUAUUACCCCAGUGUUUCGAAGCAGCGCGUAAUCAAAGCGUUUAGACACAGUUGCGUUCACACGUAGGACGACGCAACGUCCUACUGUUUCCUUCUUAUCUAUUGCAUGUCGAUCUACCUCACAAGAAUAGUCUUCCACUGUACAAAUAAAUGCUUUAUUGUUAUUGUUAUUAUUCUACAGAUUGAUACGUUCGUAGCGAAGAAUGGUGAGUUACUAUCAAGCGAAACAGAUGACAAAUUCGACGACUAUGUCGGUCAACAGCGAGAUAUCAACCGUGGAGCCAGUAAAUCCGGUGAAAAGUCUCGUAUGUAGUCCGGAUUUGAGCGUGUUCACACCAGCUUGCAGUGGCGAGACUCUAUCGGCAAACGUCGAGGAGAAGACGUACCAGUGUUUGCUGUGUCAAAAGGUCUUUGAUCAGAAGAGUUUGUAUCAGAGCCACCUCCGUUCGCACGGUAAAGAAGGCGAAGAUCCUUACCGAUGCAAUAUUUGCGGGAAAACUUUCGCGGUACCUGCGCGAUUGACUAGACAUUAUCGUACGCAUACUGGUGAAAAACCGUACCAAUGCGAAUAUUGUAGUAAAUCGUUUUCCGUAAAAGAGAAUUUAAGCGUGCAUCGUCGUAUACAUACGAAAGAACGGCCUUAUAAGUGUGAUGUGUGCGAACGUGCAUUUGAACAUAGUGGUAAGCUGCAUCGACAUAUGCGAAUUCACACCGGAGAACGGCCACACAAGUGUACAGUCUGCUCGAAAACGUUCAUUCAAAGCGGACAGUUGGUAAUACACAUGCGCACGCAUACCGGGGAAAAACCAUACGUUUGCAAGUCCUGUGGCAAGGGAUUUACAUGCUCUAAGCAACUGAAGGUACAUACCCGCACGCACACCGGGGAGAAACCUUACACUUGCGACAUCUGUGGUAAAUCCUUCGGUUACAACCAUGUCCUCAAACUGCAUCAGGUUGCCCACUAUGGUGAAAAAGUUUAUAAGUGCACACUAUGUCAUGAGACGUUUGGUUCAAAGAAGACGAUGGAGUUACACAUUAAAACUCAUUCGGACUCAUCGGUCACUGGUUCUCCUCGGGACUCGCCAAUUGAGCCAGAGAUUGAGAUCUCGCAGGCAAAUAGUGUAGGCACUGCUAGUGACAAGGAGAACCGCAAGACUGAAGAACCAAUUGAUGAUGCUGCUGCUUAUGACGACACUCCACGAGAUUUUCCUUAUUACAUGUAUUCCAGAGAGCAGUAUUCACAACCGCUUCUGAUGCCUAGUGAAGACAGAGCUUUUCAAACGACGUCUGUAGUCCCUGUUGAACAGUCUCACUUGUUUCUGUAUCCUGAGGUUUCUCCAACAUACACUGGUCUUGGAAUUCAAAGCAACGAAUUUGUCAGUGACUGCUCGUCUCUUCUCAAUUUACCAGGGAACGACGCUCGUAGAAGAGUAGAGGCUGCACUAGAAGCAGUCGAAGAAGAAAGACAGCGGGAGUAUGGCAUCAGGAUUGAAAGAGAACCGAUUUUAACUCCUCCAAGUAGCAACCCCGUAAGUCCUGUUCCUUCGCCGGAUCCUCUCGAUUUGGCAAUUCCAGUACGAGAAACGUUAAUUCUCCCUCCAAGAAAACGAUGUAAAAUGAUCCUGGAGUCAAUGGAAAGUGAGAGAAAUGGUCUCAUCGCCUCUCAAAGACAGAACUCUGUUAUCCAAUUUGCAAAAGCAUCAUAGUGCAAGAUGUGGAAGAAAUUGAUGAUGAACCAGUGAUAAUUUCAUAGACGGUGAGACAUAAUCUAAGUUUUGUGAGGAGGUAUAAAGAACUGGAUACUAGAGGUGUGCAGCUAUGCCUAUGUUCAGGAACGGGUCGAGCCUCUUGAUACAUGAAAUCGGGCGGCUUCUUGGCACACUUGUUUUGCUCGAUUUCCGGAAUGUUUCGGGAUAAGCAUGAACUGACAGUAUUGCUUUGGAUCGGUUCGACAGAAGAUCGACUCAAAAGCCCGAUAGAUCCAGCUAUAAAGCAUUUGGUUUCUUCAUAUAGAGUUUGUUUGUAGUAAACAGCGUGCUUUUAGUCGUUUAUACUUGUUUUAUUUUAACCUUAUACUUUAUUUUUUAUGUAAAGUCAUUCAAAUAUUUUGUAAUUAACUUAAAAUCAUUGUUAAAGUAAAAAGAAUCUUCCUUCCAAAUUUUCCAAAUAUAAUAUUUAUUCAUUUAAGAUUUAUCGUCACCGUUUCUUUCCAUUUCCUUUUAAUACGUAGUCGAAUCUAUCGGACUCUCAAACCAAUCCUGUCCGACUUUUGCCUAGCCGAUCAAAAGCGAUACUGCCCGUUCAUGCUUAUCCCGAAACAUUUCGGAACCCGAGCAAAACGGGUGUAGUGAGUUCCGCUCGAAAUUCUUCUUUUGUUGGUCCGUUCUGAAGUUCGGAACGUGUUCGAGACGAUCCGCACAUCUCUACGAGAUAUACAUUCAGAGUAGUAAUGGGCUGAAAAAAUUCAGAUAACUGAUGUUACAAAUUACUGAAGAACUUGUUGAGCUUUUAAUUGUCUUAACAAACUUUGAAUUUCGGAGUAUAACGAUUAAAAUAUGACUAAUAGAAAUAAUUUUAAUGCAAUGAUAAAAUAUUUCAAUACUGUUACAACAAAUUCAAAGAUUUUAAGAGUUUUAAAUCUUACAUUAUAUCCAAAUAAGAUAGACAUUUAAGAGAAAGAUGAAAAAAUGCCCAUUGCUAACUGAUUAAAGAACUUUGUGCUGCGGGAAUGAUAGAGUUAUCUUGCAGUGGAAUUUCACUGCGUUAUUAUACGAUCUGAGUUAAUUGUUUUUAUACCGAGUAUUUUCUGAAUAUUUUGGGGUUUUCUUCAAACAUUCAAAUACUUUUUCAAAACGAAGUACAAAGAAUAAGAAAUUGAUAGAAAUAAUUUUUCUAAUAGAGUCGUAUUUAAUUUUUGCGACUGACAAGAAACAUUUAAUUAGUAAUCGAACUGACAAUAACUUUUCUUACAUUUUGAACUGUGAAAGUUUGAAGAAAGUCGAAAAUUAUGUUGGAAAAUAUACUUUACAAGCCUUAAAUGAACCAAUAGAAAAACGUCCAGUAAUUUUACCACUUAAAAAAGUAAUUCUGUAAACUUUGCAGUCUAAUAAGAGUAUGAUACAGUGGCCUCAUUACAUUCGCAGAUUCAACUGGUUCCGAGAACUGUUUACACGUGCCUCAGGGUAAACAUCGUAACACACUUAGAGCUCGCCAGCAGAUCAUCUAUUACUUAUAAACUGCCAAAGGAUAUAAAGGAAAUGCUAGCUCGUUUCGUACUAUCGCAAGCUAUUUGGAACAUUUUUGACAAGAAUAAUAUCAGAAAGGGAUUCCCACUCAGAACUGUAUUGGUUGAACAUUAUGAAUCUAAAAAAUGUAUAACUUAUAAUGUUAAAUGAUUUUAUUUUAUUUUUAAAAACGCCGAAAUUUUGCGUUAUAAAAAAUGACAUCGUUCGUUCUACUUUCUUCGAUAUAAUAUGUGUAGCUGGCGUGCUCAGUGUAAUUUUUCGUAUUUCACGUUAUAUAAUAUAUACUAUAGAUAUGUGUGUGUGCGUGUGCAUAUAUGUAUGUACAUCAUUGAAUUGUAACGAAUUAGUGUAAAAGUAAUGAAGAUCGUGCAGGUCACCGUGGCAGAACUAGCAUCAUCAUUAUAGAGGGCUUAGAACGAUCGUAAUCGAGAGAAUUUUUAAAUUUUAUUUUAACUUCUGUUGUUCAAAAAAGAGUACAAAAAUAUUUGACACAAAGAAUAUACAUAAUAUGAUUAACUUAUUAUAAUAUUUCUAAAAGUCAAUCAAUUCAAAUUCUGAACAAAUGGAUUCAAAUAAAUUAUUUAAUCUUUUAUAUUGAUAAAUUAUAAUUUAAAAUUUUAUCCAGAUUUUAAAAAUUUGAGAUGAACAAUCGAACGUAUCGACUAUUUCCGAAGCCUACGCCACUGUUACCAAAAAUGAAUCGUUUUCUUCCUCCAAGUAAUUUAUUCCUUUUUUCUGGAGGUUAAAUUAAAAUGUUAUGCAUGUUUGCUAUAUUAUAAGGUUUUCUAUAUCCAACGUUUACGCGAAGAUCAAAGAUUUAAAUUUCUUGCCAAAACUAACAAGACUGAUACCAGUCUAAAGAAAAAUUUUCUUUGCAUAAACAAAUUUCCAAUUACGUAUUAAUACGAUGCGAUAAAAGUGAUAUUAAAAUAUGUUAUUGCUCAAUUUCGUCAUCAUUAGUCUCGUAAUGUUUGUUUAAACAAACUAUUUAAAUCAUCCUUAUUAAUGAUUUAUCAUCGCAUUGAAAGCGAACAGGAAAUACAUUGAAGGCGCUGUACAAAUUCAAUUUACAUACUUUCAUAAAUGAUUACUUUUAAUUCCAAAAUGCGCUUCCAGAUGGCGCUAGUUUGCUGUCACAAAUUGGUAACAAUAUUUAAUCCUGUAAUAAUUGGUAUAUUAAUAUCUUGCAGUUUAUUUUUUUCUUUAUUUCUUAACAAAUGUAUACAAAUUAUGAAUUGCUUUAAAUUCCUUUAUAAUCCGUUUGCAGUUACUGGUCUGUUUUAGAAGUUUAUUGAAAUUUGAAUGUAUUUAUAUUAUCAGUAUCUUUGGUGUAUUAAUUCUUCAAUAUUGAUCAUAUUAAGGCCUCUGUCGAUACAGUAGUUUCUGUACAGCAGCUGUCUGUGAAAAAAUAGAUUCAGUUUAGAACAAAACACUUUACUUGUGUUUCUAUAUAUCUAUUAUGAUAGAAGAAAGCAUAGCAAAAGGUUCAACUAUCUGUUUCGUUAAACCAUCAGGAUCCGCAAAUAUGAUUGUAGAAGCACACUAAUUUCAAGUACAAAAGCAUUGAGUCAAAUUCAAGAUUCAACAAUCUUAUAAAAAAAAAAAAGAAAAAAAGAAAAAAAAGAAUUAAUAUUAUAUAUGUAUAUUUAAUUCACAAUGAGUAGUAUUGACUACCUUAAGAGGCUUAGUUUUAAUGAAACAGAUCUUACUGGAAUAUAACUGAUCAAAGUUCUCACUGUGAGAGUGGAGCUGGUAAGGAAGAAAGUACCAAACUCAUUAUUAAAAACUUCAUUAUGCCAGAGUAUCGAGAGGAGCUAUGCUCACUGCCAGUACAAGUAUGCCUGUGUAUACAACACAUACGAGUUUAAUAUUAAAUAUUAAAUUGUAUCGUCACAAUUUACAAUUUGAAGCCAUCUGUAUUUACAUUUGGCAUCGCUCCAUUAUGGCAUACAGAAUGUUUUAUAAAUUGUGAAAUAAUUUAAUGGUAGAUUUCGCGAAAUGCAUCAAACAAGCGACAACGUAAUAAUGUUAAUAAUAUUGAAUAAAUCUAACAGAAAAAUAAAUUACACACGAAGUUUGAAUCUGUAUUUAUAGCCGAAUUUGAUAUUAUCAUUUUUACUGUAACAUUCUGAAGUUCAUUUCAAAAAUAUUAUAGUUCAUAAAAUUUUAUCAUGGUCUUAUUUUAAAAUGCGUUUUAUCAUUAUUAAAAUUAAAUGUACUUUGCGUUUAAAUCUACCACUAAUUAUUGAUCUGUGGUUUAUAAAACAGCUUGAGUAUACACUGAGCCAUGUUUAUAUUAAUAAGUAAUGUAAUAUUUAUAUAGGAGCUCAUGUAUAUUACACCUUUUCCUUUUCUACUUUUUUUUUUCUUUUUUUUUUACAAGAAUGAUUCGACACGUGGCCUAUUACUAUUUUUUAAGACGUUGAAGCUUUUUGUUGUGUGCGAAUUAUAUUCUCAUUUAUUAUAUAAAUCACGCAUGACAUGAAUUUUAUGUGCAAUUGUAUAUUUAAGUUCUCUGGGGCGAUUCGAUUAGCGCUUCCCUUUCUUCAUUGUUUUAUUAACUCUCAGUAAACAUGUUUUUAUCUAAGAAAAUACUCGAGUGUAUUGUUACAAAUUUUAAUGAUUGUUAUUAUUGUAGAUUUCGAAGCGCUUGAAAUUAGCUUACCAUAAAAAUUCGUUUUUCAUUAAGUCAUCGAGCAUAGGCCACGUGAGAGUAUAUGGAAAAAGAAAAUGGAUGCGAAUUGUUAAGUAUUACGAUAAUGAUAAGAAAUAGAUUGAAAUGUGCAGAGACAACUCUAGUGUAAUAUUAUGAUUAUCUGUUAUUACUUAUUAUUUUUAAGAUAUACAAAUACAUGCCAAAUGGGAUAUGUUUUAUCCCAUUAUCUCGAGCGUGUGGAACUGAUUACACAUAAAGGAAAAGAAAGAAAAGAGUUUUGUAGAGAUUCAUUUAUACAGGAUACUUUCAAUAAGAACAGAAGAAUACAUUUGUAUAAGAGUCCAAAAGGAAUGAAUGUAUUUUUUCGUUUCUCGCGCCCUCAUGAUCGAUCAAUAAAGUAGAAAACGUAUAAUAAUAAAAUAUCAGUGUUCAUUACGAAUUAAUAAAGAUAGAAACAAUGACAGAGAGAUCAGCGCGCGUGAAACUGAAAAAUAAAUAUCCUUUCAAAAAUUACACGCUGCAAUAAUUUUAAUUGCGAUUAAUUUUAAGUCGAGGCAUCAUCAUCCUUCGUUAUUUUUUGCAUCGACAAGAAUUUCCAGAGGUCAGAAAUUUUCCGAUAAUUGAUAGGCACUAAUAAUUGUAUUUUCUUGUUUUAUUCCGCCAAAGUGCGUACGAAUAAUUUCAUAGUCAGCUUUCGACAGGAAAUAUAUUUAUUUAUUUAAUAUAUGUAGCUAUAUCUAUAUAUUAUUUAUAUAUGUAUUUUUUUUUGCCGUAUGUCGGAACAAACUUUCGUGUAUUCACUGCAUUAAAAUAUAUUCUAUCGUAAAUGUUGUUUUUGGAAUUUCACGUUUAAUUUUAAAUAAUAAGCUUACACAAAACAUUAUUUUAUCAUGUGUACACCUCAUGAAUCUACUCGCCAAUGUUUUGGUACUUUUAUUACAAACAAAAUACAUAUAUCUUUACCUUGAUUUGAAUUUGACACGCCAGGCAUUUGGAAAGUAACGUUUUACAUUUCUCGUUAUAUUUCGCAGAUAAUAAAGUAUAACUAUAUUAAAGUUCGAAUUAUGCAGUUUUUAAUGAGACACGUGAUUCUUUUGCUAGUGUCUUUAUAAUUAUCGUGAAUUAAUAAUUAUCAAUUAAAGUAAUUGAUCUUGGUUGCAUUUCUAAAAUUCUUGUUUUCAAUAAUCCAAUAAAAAAGAAGGGAUUUGUAUUCGAUAAUUCCACUUAUACAUAUAUUCGUAUGUUUACUUUCUUUAUGAAACAUUAAAUUACAGAAUAAACGCUAAUUUAGCGUCAACUGCCUGCCAUUAAUUAGUAUAUACAAAAAUAUAUAGAUAUGCAUUAUACAUACGUAUGUACAAUUUGUCUGGUUUAUUGAACUCAUAACGUUCGAAUGCCAAAAAAUAUGAAUGAUAUGAAAAAAUGUUUCAGGUAAAAAUUAUAUGAUAUCGAGGGAGACACACUAUACUUUUUGACUUGUCUAUUUGACCUUGCGUUGACAUCGAAACGUCCUAUGAAGAUCGUAAUAAAAUUUUUAAAUGGGAA